GCGCAUGCGUCGUAGUAACUGUAGCGGAAGCGGCACUCACAGCUGUCUGACACUGAAUGAGAACGCACUGAUUUCGCCUCCAAAAAUGAUGAAAUUUCUCCCUAAACUGCUGGUGCUAGCGCUGCUAGCCUUCCCGGCGACCCUCCUCGUCAAAGGGCCGAUGGCGAGCGCCCAGGAUCUGACGGAGGACGAGGAGGCCGAGGCUGUGGAAGACGACGUUGUGGAUGACGCGACCGCCGACGCCGAGGCUGAAGACGAAGACGACGAGGCGGAAGUGGAAGACGACGAGAAUGUGGAGCUGACGGAAGAAAAAGAAGAUGAAGAGGAAGAAGCGUUGGUUGGCGAGGUGAAAGCUUCCCCUAACGCUGACACCACCAUCCUGUUCGUCAAAGGAGACGACUUCCCUGCCAACAACAUCGUCAAGUUCCUGCUCGGCUUCACCAACAAGGGAUCGGAGAACUUCGUCGUGGAGUCUCUGGAUGCUUCUUUCCGUUACCCACAGGAUUACCAGUUCUACAUCCAGAACUUCACCGCUCUGCAGCUCGGCAUCGAGGUUCCCGGCGGCAGACAGGCCACCUUCGAGUACUCCUUCAUCCCCGCGGAGCCAAUGGGAGGGCGGCCGUUUGGACUCGUCAUCAACCUCAACUACAAGGACAGCAACGGAAACGUUUUCCAGGAUGCCGUGUUCAACCAGACGGUCACCAUCACCGAGAGAGAGGACGGCUUAGACGGAGAGACGAUCUUCCUGUACGUCUUCCUGUCCGGCCUCGGGCUGCUGGUCAUCGUAGGCCUUCACCAGCUGAUGGAGUCUAGAAAGAGGAGGCGUCCCGCUCCAAAGGUGGAAAUGGGAACUUCGAGCCACAAUGACGUCGACCUGAGCUGGAUCCCUCAGGAAACACUCAACCAGAUCAUGCAGAGUCGCAGAGACAAGGCGUCUCCCAAAAGAUCUCCUCGCAAGAGGAACCAGAAACGCUCGGCCGGCUCGGACGAGUGACGGGCGCCAGCGACACCACGGCGGCAAAAACACUUCAUCCGACCGUCUACGUGGGAGGAGGAAGAGGGGGGAGGGGGAGGAGGAGGAGGAGGAGGAGGGGCGAGUGAGAGGGGCUUUGAGCGCCACGCUGAGCGCACUCUGCCCUCUCACCUGAGGAACUUUAACCAGUACCAGGCACCGAGAUGGCUGGCUCUCUACUGUCAUCUUAAAAAACUGUUCCACACACACACACACACACACACACAGACACAGACACAGACACACACACAGACACAGACACACACACACAGACACACACACACACACACAGACACAGACACAGACACACACACAGACACACACACACACACAGACACACGAGGGAGAGCAAAUACUCAUCCUAAAACAGGUGUGUUGGGUUUAAAAGGCACGUGUGAGGACGUUUUCCUCUAAAGGUCGUUGGUUUUCUUUCAUUCUAUUUGUUUGUCGAAGCGUUUUUAGUACGAGAACGGCUGAUGGGAUCGCUGUGAGACCGUUUUUGAUUGUUUGGUUAUUACCUCCCACUCUGGUGUAAAAGUCAAAGGAGGAAAAAUAAAAAAUAAAACGCCCAAAAGAUCUGGUUUUUAGUCUCUGAAAAUCUCACGACGACUUUCUUUUUUUAAUCGUCUCGUACGAUGGUAAACUCUGGCUUCAGAACCGCUGCUCGGGCGGAGUAAGCCAUCUGAAGAAGCCGACUUGUGAUGGACAUUCAUCACCAUUUUUCUACUUUUUUUUUUUUUUUUAGAACAAAUGAUUCAUUAACAUUUUGCAGAUGGACUGAUGAUGUAACUCUGUCGUUUUUAGUUGCAGCUGUACUCGUGAUGGAGCCACGAUGACGGGAACGAAUGCUUUGUCGAUCGGGGCCUGCACAUUUCGAAGUCUCUCUGCUCUCCUGCGUUUGCUUCGCUUGUUUUCACUGUACAGAUCCUAAAAAAGGAGAGUCUGACCCCUGGUGUCGGCUCUCACCGAUUGACCCACUUCUGACGCUCUUUCUCAAAAAGUCUGCGAGGACUCGGUCCGUCCACCGGUUUAAAAUAGUAGAUAAUGUGACACGGCUUUCAGACUCUGAGCCAUUUGUGCAGGAGAGCACACACACACACACACCUGCAGCAGGCAACAUCCCACAUUUCAUCGUGUUCAUUUUAUAUCUGGGUGUGAAAGGAAGCAAAAGGAGUGUCAAAAAUAAACCUGGAACAAGCUUGCAAGAACAUAACCUGUA